AUGGCUGCAGAGCCCCCCACCGUCUGGCUCCCAGAGCUCUGCUCGCUCCUGGCCCAGGGCCAGGCCUGGCUUACCCACGUGAGGUCUUGUGAGGAGGCGGCCACGGGAACCAUCCCGGAGGUGCUCAGCAUCCCGGCUCUGUACUCCUUGGAGAAGCUGAGGCUGGGAGAUGCAAACCUCAUUUUCUUCUGUCAGAUGGGCAAGCGGGGCUUGCAGGCCACACAGCUGGCCCUGGGGCUUGGAUACAGAGGGGCUUGCAACUACGCUGGGGCCUGUAGGGAGUGGUUUCAGAAAGGAGUCUGGGGAGAAGGUGGCCUGCUGAGCCCACCCCCAGAGCUCCUCUAG